GGACAGGUGCUCCUCCGGGAGGACAGUUUCGGAGGCGGAAACCUGCAGGUCCACUAAAAGACAGACGCCUCAAUAUAAAGUUGUAAAUUCAGUCGUAUUUUUUAAAUCAGAGAAUCACUGAAACGAGUUAUGAGAGCGAAUCAAAUUACUGAUAGUUCGUUUUAAAUAUAUAUCAUUUUUCAACCGUGGAAAGAGAAUGAGUGGAGAUAGCUUGCGCUGAGAAUCCGUGUGUAAAGAUAGACCCACUUUUAGGACGCACAACAUAAUAGCCGUUUCAACUGACUCCACAAGAUAUCAGCCAUGGAUUUUUACAUCAACACGGACUAAAGUUCGUUCUCGAAGAGGUCCGACCCGCUCCUCUCCGGCCCUGUCCCAUACCAGCCCGAAUAGUACAGCAGGUGGAAGAUGGCAGAGCGAGUGACUUGGUGGAGAGCGUUUAUGGGGAACAGUAAGAGAAGUAGCAGUGGUACCAAGGACAUCACCACAGCCACUCAGCUCCACGACACAGUGAAGGACCCUCUGACGCCCCACGCGCAGGGACUCCUAGCUACACCACACUCAACAGCCUCCAAACUCCCAACCAACCAACAGCCACCAGCAUCACCACAACCACCAGCAUCACAGCAGCCACCAGCAUCACAGCAGCCACCAGCAUCACAGCAGCCACCAAGAUCACAGCAGUCACCAGCAUCACAACAACCACCAGCAUCACAGCAGCCACAGGCAGAGCAGUCACAGGCACCAGUCAGUACAGGCACCAGCCUCUUCAGCGACGAGACCUUCGAUGACUCCCAGUUUGAGUCGGUCUUCAACGAACAGACUUGUCGUAGGAACCUGAGGGUGUCUCGGUCAGGCCGGUUUAAGGAGAAGAAGAGGGUACGCUCCAGUCUUCCUACUGGGAAAGAGGACGUACGAUAACGAGGAUGGUGAUGAUGAGGGAGACAGCGGCCAAAGAAUGCUCUUACUUCUGACCUUUACUUCAACAUGGCCGUCCGUUCUGGGGAAAGAGGAAGGUAGAUGAAGAUGAAUUGUAAGUUGAAGAUAAGUUGAGGGUAAGUUGAAGAUACGUUGAGGGUAGUCGUGAAAGUCGGUGAUUGGCAGUCGUGAAAGUUUCUCAGUGACAGCUAGGAAGAUACUUAAACAGUCCUUCCUUGAGGAAAUCACAGGUCUGACAAGGUUUGAUUGAUUGAAAGCAAUAGGAAGACAAGUGUGUCUUUACUAAUCCAAUCCCAUAAAGAUUAGUGGUUAGGCUACUUCAAGGAAGAAAGGAAAGAAGGGAGGAAGGAAGGACCAUUUUCUGUAAGAAGUACCACCUUUCAGCUUUAAAAACCAUCCAGACUUUUCUAGACUUUUUUUGUAUCAAAACAGUAUACUGAAAAUGAGACACACACACACACCUAUGCACAUUCCAGGAAAUGAUACGUUGUUUAUAAGAUGUUUACAUAUAUACGUGUAAUAUUUUGAAUAUGAAGGAUAUAAUAUUGUUUUUACCAAUCAAUUGAUGUUGUUGUUUUUUUAAACUAUGAUUACAGUGGGUUAGAAGGGAACUUUUUUUUAAAGAGGUAGGAUUGCUUGAAUGAAUGAGCAUUGGUGUUUGUGACAGACAGGUAAAAAUGUAAGAUUAUAUCCACUAGCUGCUAUUCAGUUACAUAACAGGGCCCAUGUUUUAGAGGGAAACAGCACCAUGUGGAUACUGAUAGAAGGUACUAUUAGAAGCUAAUCAGUGAGAUGUUAUAGAUAUAUAUAAUACUGAUAGAAGGUACUAUUCGAAGCUAAUCAGUAAGAUGUUAAUAUAUAUAUAAUCCUGAUAGAAGGUACUAUUCGAAGCUAAUCAGUAAGAUGUUAUAUAUAUAAUCCUGAUAGAAGGUACUAUUAGAAGCUAAUCAGUAAGAUGUUAUAGAAUAUAUAAUCCUGAUAGAAGUACUAUUAGAAGCUAAUCAGUAAGAUGUUAUAGAUAUAUAUAAUCCUGAUAGAAGGUACUAUUCGAAGCUAAUCAGUAAGAUGUUAUAUAUAUAUAUAAAUACUGAUAGAAGGUACUAUUAGAAGCUAAUCAGUAAGAUGUUAUAUAUAUAUAUAAUCCUGAUAGAAGGUACUAUUCGAAGCUAAUCAGUAAGAUGUUAUAUAUAUAUCUAAUCCUGAUAGAAGGUACUAUUCGAAGCUAAACAGUAAGAUGUUAUAUAUAUAUAUAAUCCUGAUAGAAGGUACUAUUAGAAGCUAAUCAGUAAGAUGUAUAGAUAUAUAUAAUACUGAUAGAAGGUACUAUUAGAAGCUAAUCAGAAAGGUGUUACCAAGUUUGUCUAUUCAGUAAUACAGUGAUUGACAUCACUGUGCUUCAAGUGGACGUGACACAUAAAUCAUGGUCUGUAAAUACUGCAAUGAAGGCUAAACAUGAUUGUUGUAAUGACAGAAGAACAAAUAAACAUUGAUCAAUGUGUGCCUCCA